CAGCAACUCAUACAGUGGUUUGUACUGAUGAAAAAAAAAAACCUUCCAAUCCAAAAAUAACACAUAAAUACCAGAAGCUGAUGGCGAGGUUGGCAACCAGCAAGUGGCCAAAAGAUGGUUUUGUGCCCGUCCGCUUCUAGAAAGAUAUUGUUAUAUACAUGGGGUUCUCACAAUAUUUAACAAAAAAACGACAAGUUACACUACUACAUACUGUACUAUAUACUAAAGAGUUGUCCCCCCAAAUUAUUGAUUAAAGAUAUUGCUUAUCCUUACACUCCAGUAUUGCCAGUAUCCUGUAUAAUCAGUCAUUCCUUUCAUUCUUUUUACUGCACAGACAUUGAGGUGGUGGGUGUGAAGUAGUGGGAUGAAAGGUGAGAACAAGAGAAAGAGAAGAGAAAGGGAGAGGGAGAGGGAGGGAGAGAGAGAGAGAAAGAGAGACACUGCAGAUGCAGAGCUCUGUCAGGCAGGCGGCAUCCGUGUCCGAGCAGCCUUCAAGACAUAAAACUCAAUGUGGCAGCAGCAGCAGCAGCGGCAGCAGCUAAAUCAGGAGGCUAGACAUUGUCACGCUUACCCACAAUCCCUUUACUCUACCGUCGUUCCCCCCCACCCCCCUUCCCACCAUCUCUUUCCCCCACAACACAUUUCUCUCCCCCCAUUCAGUCUCAUUGUUUUGAGGGCGAGAGAGGCAGGCUUUCACGGAUUAGUUUGAGCAGGUGGAGGAAGACAGGAAGUGGCGGUGGAGAUGAUGAUGGAAGCCAGCUUUGACACUGAGGAGAGUUUCGAUGACCCCUCCUGUUUUGCUCCGCAGCCCCCCGGCUCCGUGUCGCCGGCCAAAAGGCAGAUCAAGGAGGUCAAAGAGACCAAGACAACGAUCAACUGUGUGACGUUCCCUCUGCCCAGCGAAGGUCAAGAGCAGCAGCUCCUCAAACCCAACGAAUGGAGCUACUGCGACUACUUCUGGGCCGACAAGAAGGACCCUCAGGGGACGACCUCGGUUGCUGGCUUCGAAAUGCUUUUGCAGAAGCAGCUGAAAGGCAAACAGAUGCAAAAGGAAAUGGCUGAGUUCAUCCACGAGAGGAUAAAGAUCGAGGAGGAAUACGCCAAGAACUUGUCCAAAUUGUCUUUGAGUCCACUGGCAGCGCAGGAGGAAGGGACUCUUGGAGAAGCCUGGACUCAGCUGAAGAAGAGUCUCCAUGAUGAGGCUGAGGUUCACCUCAAAUUCUCCAACAAGCUGCAUUCUGAGGUUGAGAAACCUCUGCUGACGUUUAGAGCCGACAACUUUAAAAAAGACUUGAAAAAGUAUGACCAUCACAUCGCUGACCUGAGGAAGCAGCUAGCCAGUCGCUAUGCCAGUGUGGAGAAGGCUCGUAAAGCGCUGGCGGACAGGCAGAAGGAUCUGGAGGUGAAGACUCAGCAGCUGGAAAUUAAGCUGAGCAACAAGACGGAGGAGGACAUCAAGAAGGCCAGGAGGAAAUCGACACAAGCAGGAGACGACUUGAUGCGCUGCGUUGACCUCUACAACCAAACUCAGUCAAAGUGGUUUGAAGAGAUGGUCACCACCAGCAUGGAGCUGGAGAAGCUGGAGGUUGACCGUGUAGAGUGGAUUCAGCAGCAUUUUAGUCAGUACACGACUCUGCGGCACGAAACUGACAUGUUCAAUCAAAGCACAGUGGAACCGGUGGACAAGCUGUUGCGAAACGUCGAUCCGGCCAAAGAUAGAGAGCUAUGGGUAAAGGAAAACAAAACAGGCGAGGUUCGACCCGUGGACAUGGACAUUUGAGUCCAACCCUGGAUAAUAAGUUGUUCUGUCUUCAGUAUCACAGCUCAGUGUCCCCAUAUUUCUGAUCACACUGAUCAGGGGCAGUGCAUGUUUUGACCUCCUCCGGGGUUUCUCCUCCUUGUCUUUCUAAUACUGACUGAAAUAACAUGAUUCAUGCACAUAAAAAGGUCUGAGGUUAGGAAACAGUACCAGCAUGUUCCUUCUGAAUUUGAACCCUGUCAUAAACAACAUUAGCUUACGGAAAAAAAACAAAAACAUUUAACAUACCGUAC